CCAGCACUCGCCGAUCGUCCUGUUUACCAGUUAUUUAUUUUGCUGAUCGGACGACCUCACACCACCACCACUGGGACCGGACAGGAGGCCCAGAGGUUCCCCCCGCUGGACCUCUAAGCUGUGCCUGGCGAUGCCUCAGCCCAGCGUCAGUGGGAUGGAGCCUCCCUUUGGGGACGCCUUUCAGAACUACUCGUUUGCUGACCAGGCCCUGACCAGCACUGAGCUGCUCGCCACCAGCUCUGACCCAGAUUUCAUGUACGAACUGGACAGAGACAUGACCCAUCGACAGAGCCCCUGUGGGGACAGCGUGGUGGGGGUCGGGGACGGAGGGAAGGAGGUGGAGGGCUGCGUGGAUCAGCUGAUGGGUCUGGGCGAGUGCGAGACGGUCUACAGCAGCUCAGCGUUCGAACAGUGGGACUCCUACUGGGAAGACCUCACCAGAUACACUCGGCUGGCCAGCUGUGACAUCUGGGGUACCAAAGAGGUGGACUUCCUUGGCCUGGAUGACUUCUCUAGUCCCUACCAGGACGAGGAAGUGAUUGGUCGAACCCCGACGCUUGCUCAGCUUAACAGCGAGGAUUCGCAGCCCGUGUGUGAGGCUCUCUACCCCCCUGCUGACCUGACCCUGUCCACCCCCCAGCCUCAGCCUCAGCCGUCCCAGCUUCCCUGUCACAGUAAGAGACCCCUGAUCCCUGGACAAGGAUUGGGCCCCGGAUCUGUGCGGCCCUCCCUGAGCUCCACAUCUUCCUCCCGUCCCUCCCGCAGCCUUCUCCCAGACUUCCCAGAAGGCUCCCAAAAAGCCACCAGGCCCGUCCCCUCCAGCACCGAGACCAUGGCCAAGACCCAGAACCUCCUCAGUCUCACCCAGGACUACGGCCAAGCUCAAACCAAGCCCCACGGCCGAGGAGCCAAGAUGGCGGCCCCGACUUCUCAUGGCUCUGACUUUGUGCGGAAGGCCAAAGUCCGUGUGAGUGCUGUGCAUAAAACUCUUCCUGACAAGCCCCCCCAGACGGAUUUCGAGAGGUCUGAUCCCCCUCUACCUCUCUCCCAGCCCCAAGAAGAGAAGGCCUCCACUUCGGCGAGCGCCGCCUUGGUGGGACUUCCUGCUGCAGCAGCCAGCGGCUCCAGCAGCCUGACGAGCUUUGAGAGGAGGUCAGAGGGGCCAGGGAGGAGAGAGAUUCCUGUAGGCUGGUCCGCCGCAGUGCCUCAUCUUAUCGAGGCGAGUCAGGCCCUGGAGAGCAGCACCUCUGCCACAAUCGGCGGCGGGGACGGCGUGGCGGGAGCUAGCGGCGGCGUUGUUGAGGGUACAGAGAAGAGCAAGGAAGAGGAACACAACUACUCUCUGUUCCUGACCCGCAGCAGACUGGCCAGCAGAGCCCAAUCCCUGCUGGAUGAGGAGGAGGAGGAGGAGGAGGAUGAGGAAGAGGCGGAGGAGGAUGAAGGCGACGGGCUGGAGCUCGACGACGAAGACCACGAUGAGGGUUUUGGCAGCGAGCACGAGCUGUCGGAGAAUGAGGAGGAAGAGGACGAGGAGGAGGAUGAAGACUACGAAGCAGACAAGGAUGACGACAUGAGCGACGCCUUCUCCGAGCCAGGCUGCGACAUGGAGCUGAUGGAGGACAUUAAAGGCCUGACAGCAGGAGUCUCCAGCCGGAAGAGAGGCAAGCGCCGCUACUUCUGGGAGUACAGCGAGCAGCUCACCCCCUCCAAACAGGAACGUAUGCUAAAGCCGUCUGAGUGGGACAGACACACGCUGCCUAGCAACCUGUACCAGAAGAACGGGCCUCUCCACGGAAAGUAUAUGCUGAAGAAAUCUCGCCGCACUGACGUGGAGGAUCUGACCCCCAACCCACGCAAGCUGCUGCAGAUCGGCACCGAGCUCCGCAAACUGAACAAGGUGAUCAGCGACUUGACCCCCGUGAGCGAGCUGCCGCUGACUGCACGGCCGCGGUCCCGCAAGGAGAAGAACAAGCUGGCGUCCAGAGCGUGCCGUCUAAAAAAGAAGGCCCAGUAUGAAGCAAACAAGGUGAAGCUCUGGGGACUCAGCACAGAGUACGACCGACUGCUGUUUGUGAUCAACGCCAUCAAGGAGGAGAUCGUGGUGCGAGUGGAGGACUCUUCUCCGCGUCCGACCAACAUGACUGACACUCUGGAGCAUCUCAUCCAGGAGACACUUGGUGAGAACAAUUUACAGCUGACAGUGGCAUCACCUGUUGCUGGGCAGACUUCGGACUUCGUCAACAAGAUCUUGGACAACACAGGACGCGGGGAUCCCACCGGCGGACUGGUCGGCCUGCGAGUCCCCACCUCCAAAAUCUAGACAGAAGCGCGGUCCACUAAGAGGAGUGGACUAUUCCCACCGUGCUGUCCUAUUGUAACUAUGCUCCCCUCUGCAUGCCCCUCCAACCCAGAGUACACACACAUUGUUAGUCACACAAACACACAUACCACUCCCUGUGCGUAUGUAUGUGUGCUUGUUGUCGCCAUGCACCCGUAUGGCGUACACCCUAGCUUCCUGUCUCUGCGCGCCCUGUGCAGAAACAGUGCGUCACUGUCUCCCAACCCAUCGUGAGAGUCUGUUGGGAAAAGCGCCUCAAAAAGCAAGGGAUGGCUCGGUGUACAGCGAAUAGCAUGUUCUAAAUCCACUGGUGAUUACUAGAUGUGUUUUAACAUAGCGUUGUGUAGGGUCGGUUCUGACAGUCACACGAGUGUAACCACUGGAAUACUACGACACAAUUUGUUUGAGGUUGUGAUGACAGAGGAGGAACUGUUACACGUCAGACACCAUCAAAAGGUUCAAAAAGAUCAAGUUAACAUUUUUCGAGACGAGGUUAUAACCUCACAUGGCAACACAAAUUAACUCCAGGAUGUUAAAUUGGCCCACUCAGUGAAGUUUUCGGGGUGGCAGGAAAUAUUUUGUUUUGAAGGCUUAAAUAUGUUCGUGCCACCCCCCGCCCCCCUGUUUGCCAAUCAGGUCUUCUGUUGAUAAAAUAUCGAUGUUGACUUUUAGCAAAAAUGAAAGUAGUAGAAGCUGAAAGUUCAAACGAGACUGUCAGCAGGAGCGACAGACAUCCUGCCGAGUCGCAGGAGGAAGCUUAGCGUCUAUUUUUGAAGACGCCGACUUAAACAAGAGGAGGUAGUUGACCAUGUGGAGAGGAAGCGUAUGUAGUUUGGUGCUUUUUGGCCUUGUGCUGGUUAUAACUGGACUGUGUGAAAUGGACAUUUUGCCAGUGUGGGAGCAGAUUGUGAGGAAGAUGAUGAUGAUGAUGAUGGUGGUGGUGGCGGUGAUGAAGAUGACAUUAACAGUGAUCCAUCUCCUCGAGGAAACUGUACAUAAAAGCGUCUCCCAGGUUAAAACCGGCUCCCCCUUUUUUGUACAGUAGAGACGGCCAGGCUAACAGUUUGGUGUGUUCAUACUAGUGUUUGAUCAGAGUUCUAUUCAUUGUGCCUUGUGUAUGUAUGUGUGUGUGUUUCUGUAAGUCUGAGUGAGUGUGAGUGUGUGCAAGGGACUGAAUGAGAGGAGGUGAUUGGUCAGAACUCCCUGAGGUCCAGCCAAGGAGAGGCCUACAUUACACUGAGGGAGAUAGUUAUUGAAUGUGAGGAGGGAGGCACCUGAGGGGGUUUGUUGUGUAUUUCAGUUGUCUGAAGAUAUUCUGAAUGUACAUAAAAUGAAACGGAAGCUCUCGUUGCGUGAUGCCACAGAGUCUGUGUAUAUAGGAGGGCUCUGCAAUAGAUUACUUUUGGUUUUUGGUACUCUUGUCUUUAGGGAUCGGGGGAGGGUUAACAUAUAUUUUCGUUUUAGAGUUACAAAAAAAAAAAUAUUUGCACACUAUAUUUUGAUUGUUUUUUGUACCAAAGACACAUGCAACGAAAUGGCGACCAGCCAGUUAAAGUAAGGUUUUGCACAGCUUACCUGACGCCGUAUUGAAUGUAAGAAACGUGGGAGGGUCAGGGAACUUCAUUGAACUGUGAAAUUAGCUUGGGUCCAAUUCUGUACAGAAAAGGAACAUUCAUUCAUUUCUUUUUUUUUUUUUAAAUCUAAAAAUUAACCCCAUCUUUGGGCUUCUCCAGUAGAUUUGUUGCCUAGCGAGCACUUCAUUCCUGAACUGAUUCCUCCCGCCACGUGCUAAUUGUGUUAACGGCGCUAUCUAGGACAAAAACCAAGAGCGCUAGUAGAUAAGCUAUGUUACAUUUUUGCCUGUUUGUCAAGAUGUCACCAACAAUAACCAAAACGUUUUGUUCCUGUGUCACUUAUUUGAUUUUCUGUAUGUAGACGAGAUCUAGUUCAUCAACAAAAUAUUAACUGAGUUGUGUUUUAAAGUACUGUAUAUAGAAGCAUUAAUGAUAUAUCUAUCGAUGGUGAAAUGCCACUUUUCAUGACAAUUGAUUCAUUUUUAAGCAUGACACAUUUCUAAAGCCUAUCCUUGCAUCGAGAAAGUUAGAGGAAAAAAAAACACAAAACCAAAAAAAAAAGGUUCUUGUUAUAUUUUUGUACUUUAGCUGCCUGCUAGCUUUCCUGUUGGUUUGGGAGUAUUUGUUGGUCAGACAGGAGUGAAGAGAAGGAGAUGUCCAUCUGAUAGUUUAUGAAGCUACACUUGACCCCUCUUCGCCGACUGAAGUGAAAUGUUGGAGAAUCGGGGCUGCAGCGGUCUAGUUUGAAUGGUCUAUAAAGAGAAUGAGGACAUGCUGCCUUUAGUGAAGAGAUGUUGUCUCAGAAAGAAAGCCAAAGCAUCGUACUUUAGUCCCAGUUUCAACACUGUGCAUUGUUACUUAGAUUUUCUCCCGUAUUCCCUCUCGAAAUUUUGCAUUUCCUGGGAUUGACAUCGCCGCCUUCGAGGUUGCAUUGCCGAAUUUUUACCUGCCUGGCCUUCGGUCCUCAGCAUCCAUCCUUCCUGACCGGUCACAUCUGCAGAGAAUGACUUUGUUGACUUUGCUUACGGAAACAAACAGAGUUACAAUUUUGUCCAACGUUUAAAAAAAAACAAAAAAAACUAAGAACAUGCAUGAUGCCUGCAUGCCUGCCCCUCCUGCAGCCCCCCACACAGGACACGCUGCCAGUCCCAGGAAAUGUAAAACUCAACCAGAAUUCACGCGGCUGAAUUCAGAAAGUGCUCCUUCACCGAAUGAUGUCUGAUGAUGAUGAAGCAGAGCUGUGGUCUUUGUGUGAUUGAAGAACAGCUAGUGCUACAUACAGUAUAUAUAUACAUAUAUAUAUAUAUUUUUACUGUUUUCCGUUCCGUCUAAAAAGGGAGAAAUGGUGCUUUUUUUCUGAAACUAGAAUGAUGAGUAUCCAUGAUUCUUAUUUAGUCUAGUUGUAGCCUAAUGACUUGCUCUCCCCCUUACCGUCCAUAGCUAUUUUCUUAGUAGUGAUUCAUUUUUUGUAAAUAGACUAUAAGUUAAUAUGUAUCUUCUAAAUGUUAGAUAUAUGUAUAGAAUACUCUAUCUUAUAUGUUUGAAAACAAAAGCACUUUGUCCAAAAAAGGAAAAAAACAAAAAAACAACAACAAAAAAAAAACAAAACAAAAAGAAAAGCAUUUUUUUCUUCCAUUUGCUGCUAAAAGGCCUGGUGUGAAUGCUGCAAGUGUACUUGACGACUACUUGCUAGGAUAGGUCUUGUACCUCACCUGGCUAGGUGUAUAAUCUAGCGAGGAGUAGGUGUUCGGCCUGGCGAGGGUUACAUCUACAUGUUUCUGGAGCCGUGAAAUGAUAUGAGGCGUUGCUCGAGAGCGUAUCAUUCCUUGGCUUCGGGAAGUCCAGUGUCUUGACCGGAUAUGUCUAUUUCCUGAUCAGGGGAUAGGUCGUGUGUUUGUGGUCUUAAAAAACAAAAAAAAUAGAGGGUUUUGAUUCCAGGGCCCCUACAUUGAUCCUGAUGCUGACCCCCUUGGCGUCUUGAUUCAUUUGCCUUCAGUAGAGGUUUCCUAUGGAAAAACAGUCUGCUUUGGCUUCCUCUUCAGGGUGAUGUACAGUGUAGACACAUUUCUCCAGAGAGCUAUAUUGUUAUCAUUUGUAAACUGAUUUCUACUUGUGACUUAAUGCGGAGGGGUGUAGCCUGGGGCGGCCCGGGAGGAGCCCGUUUGAAAGAUGUUCUUCCGGGCCGCCUUGGGGGAAGUUACUUUAUCACUGUACUGUAUGGCAAGCCAAUUACAAAUGGAGACUCAAUCCGGACACUUAUUGCCUUCUGAAACUUUUCACUUACAUACAAACAAAAAUAAUAACGUGGCAGACGUGUCUGUUGCCGAGGGGAGUGCCCGAGGUUCACGACGCUGUCCGCCAACAUACGGUCAAUAACAACAACAACAAUAACAACAAAACCAUUCAGCCUGAUUGGCUCAAAACAACCUUGACUGAAGUAGCAGACGUGGCGAAAUAUAUCUGACAAAAACGGCUUCAAAUAUUUGAACUACUCGUGCUCAGUUGUAUCUUUUGGAACAGUAUUUGAGGCAUUUUUUUUCAGCGAGGAUUUCGGCCCAGGUCUGGUAGGGGGUCAACAGCGGUUAAAGGGCCACUGGUUGACAAGACAUUAGACCAGAGAAGCGUGUGUGUUUUGCUGUCGAUCACGAGGCUGGUUCAAGAAAGAGUCCUCACAGGUUUUUACAUUUAACAUGAUAGGUGCAAGCUGUGCAACUUUACAUUCAAACCAGGAGACUCUGUGGCAUUUUAACAGUCAAGGAGUGAGUGAAAAUCCACGCCAGUAAAACUAUUCCUUCUUCUUUUUAUUUCUGAUGACAUAGAUCCUAUACAGUCAACUAUUAAGCUAAUAGAGUGUGUAACUUUGUGCUACUCUUGUCCAAUAAAAGCUAAGUGGAUCCAUAAAGCUCUUCUUCAGCAAAUCAGGGUAAUAUCGUUCUUCUAUCUGACAUAUGUGAUGACAUAUAAAAUCAAAAGAAAAUAUAUUUAUGUAUUCCAAUUAUUGUCGCCAUUCUUUACUCUGUACAAAAUAUUUUGUGUGUGUGCGUGUGUAUGUGUGUUAUGAAUUAUCAAUGUCAAUCAAUAUAGUGCAAUGCUCUUUACACAAACUGAAGAAAAAAAAAAAAAAAGGCCAACAGACUUGUCACAAGAAUUCAAAGUUUCUCCGCUUUUCUUAUUAAACUGGUAUUCAGACACACACAACCUACAACAUUCUCCUCUCACGAAAGGAUUUGAUUCUGGUUUCCAGCUGUGAUCCAACUGGGGCGUGUCACAUGGUGCUGAUCACUUUUCACUAUCCCAGAAAUAAUUCAACAAUUAGAAUCUGUAUUCAGACCUGCUUGUGAAUACGGCUGUCCAUGUGAUUGUUUUCAGUAACUGUCAUCAGACCAGACUUCCCUGUCGGACCAAUCAGAGGAAGAUUCACACGUACUUUUGCUCUAAACAACAACGGACUGUUUUAUUUUCUGUCGUACUGAUCGGAUCAUUAAUGUUGAGCAUACCUUGGUUUUCCUUUUUGUAAAAGUCAGACUCCUGGAUUUCACACCACAGCACAAAGUCAAAGAGGAUUUUUACUCUGUUUGAGGAGGUGCGAAAUAAUCACCGAUAUUCUGGUGUGUCGUUUGGUUGAUUUGGAAUUUUUUUUUAAUGUUAUCAUGAGAAAAUAAUGUAAUUAAAAUGAAACAAGUUUACUUUGUAUUAAAAAAUUCCAAGAGGAAAUAUUCGGUAACGCCUUUUUAAAAUUUUAUUAUCAUGUCUGUAAUUUCCAAAUAAUUUCAGUUAAAUGUACAACAAGGAAUUGUCGAUUAUGAAAGUACAGCACUUAAUAUUCCAUGUUAUAAUUAUUAAUCAUCACUAUGCUUCCUAACAGCUGAGAUUAAAAAAAGAAGUGUAUUAAAAAUAUGUUGCAUCUUUCUUUCAGUCGCUUCCAAACCAAAAUCAGAGGAGGUGGUGCUCGUGCUGCAUUUGUCCACAGGGGGCGCCAGAAUCAGCAGAUAUUAAAGUUCCUUGUUGCCUCUUUAAGGUUUCUUGAAACAACUUUAAAGUUUGGUAACAGGGAAAAUAAAAGACAGCGUGUUAUUGAUACACUUUAAGUUAAUUAAUUUCACUUUUUGUGAAAAAAACCUUUAUGUUCAAUUAUAUUUGCUGCACUGAUCUAUAUUUCUUUAUUGGUUAUAGGACGUCUGAUAUACGGAUAUUAAUGAUAAAUUGUUGCAUUUAAAACCAAAAUAUUGACAUUGUGUUAAUAAUAAACAUAUGAUAAUACUGUGUAAUUAAUCCAGCACCUUCCUGUGUAUCUUUAUGCAUCAUUCAGCUCAUUAUUGUGGUUUUUACAGGCCACCAUUUAACUUUUAGUUCAGUCUCAAAUCUUUCACUAACAGGACGUUGUUUCCAAUGAAAAACCUCUAAAACCCACCACAGAAAAAUGUGAACGACAGUUAUCAACUAGCUAGUGAACAUAAAAGUGCACAAACACAGAAGUCUCCUCCGCCGGGCACUUUUAAAAACAGUAGUUGAAUAGUUCAUCGUGUUUCCAGGAAACGUCUCAGGAGAUUAUUAGGAAAUUACAUGUAACGUGUAAAACAAGUGUUACUGAAUAUUCUCGUCUCUAGAAGUGAACGCACCUCACGCUGGCUGUGACGUUAGAUCUCAGAGUCUGGCUUCCGGCUUCUUUCGAGGCAUUUCAAGUGUUUUUCCAGUCUUGUUUGGGCCCGUGUGAACACCUCAUGUUCAGAGGCCGUGUGCUUACUACCCACGAUUCUCCCUGUGUUAAUUAGAUACAUACGGAAAUGUACUCUGUGACAAAACAGGCAGUGGGAAUGAUGUUGGUGCAUGCCGAUUCCCUGCAUCGCACUGAGAGAAUGGAGUGGCGUCUCCACCGUCGCACCGUUCGCUCACUGUCAGUUGAAUGAUUUCAUACUUGCUGCUAUUGAAUGAGCACAAAGAGAUUUUAGAGUUUGGUUUAGCGUGUCCACGACACAAAUACAGUAUAUUGUUACCACACAUCCCCGGUUUUUUUCUCACCUUUUUUUUUUUUUUCCUACGACAGUCAGAAAAACCAACAGUGUUACUCACCUUGCACUUGGUUUUUACAUAUACAAGGAAAAAAAAAACUUUGAAUAUGAUGCCUGCUGAACCAGGUGCCUUAAUCAAAUAUACGAGAACACAAAUCUGCACCUUCUGUCAGUCUGGAGGGGGUUUCCCUACAGAAACAAGGGGCUGGGUUUCCCAAAACCUUCACUUGAAAAAAAUGAAACCUCAUUUUAACCCCAAAUCAAGACUUUUUUGUAUAAUAAUCAGCCUUUAACAGCCUGCAAGACAAGCUGUUUGUCACGUACGGAUAGAAAUAUUCCCUUUUGAAGCGUUACUGAUUCAGAGCGUAGCCGAUAACUUGUAAAGCUAAAUUUUUGUUUUGGGAAACCUGGUUCUGUUUUUAUCUCUUUCUCUGCCCACUACGCCACAUUAUUGUGUUUUCUGUAUUGGCUGCUGCUGCUAUCACCGCUGGUGUGUCCGUGUAGAGAAGAGCAAACUUCCACUGUGUUUGAGGCAGAGGGAGACUUGGACCUGCUUUGUACCUUGUCAAUUACAAUGUAUUCUUCUUCUUCUUCUUCUUCUUCUUCUUCUGUGGUUUCGACAUGGAGCACCGUGUUGCUGCUCUCUUGACCUUUUUUGAGAAAGAAAAAAAACAAACAAAAACAAACAAAAAAAAAAGCAUAAAACAGAACUUUCCGUUUCUUAACUUUGCUAUUAUGAAGUGCCAGACCCUCCUUGAAGUCAGUGUUGGCACUGUGUCGCAGGCGAGCGAGUGAAGCGACAAACUGAGCAUGGAGGUAAACUGUGGUGCUAAUCUGUCCGUGGCUGGGUGCUAACAUGGCUGUGUUUCAACAACAAAAAACGACAAAAAAAAAAAGCUGUAUUAGCCAUAUUAUUCCUUCUGUUGACGACUCUGGUCAAUCUCGUGUUUCCGACUGCUGCACUGCUGUAUGCUGACAUAGCGAGGUAUAACUCUGCUGCUGCUGCUUUGCUGAUGAAUGUAGACUAGUCUUCCUCAGCAGGAUCAUACAGACAGAUGCGGUUGUCUGGUGGAGCUUUUUCCUGUUGUUCUUCUUCCCGUUAGACUUUGUUCAGAGGGAGACUCUUGUCGUCAGGAUCCAGAAAGAUCGUGAUUAUAUGUUUUAAACCUUUUUUUUUUUCUUUUUGAUUAAUCUUGUGGAUUGAUAUUUAUGCUCUGACUCUGUCAAAUGUUGCAGGUUUGAAUUUUUUUUCUCCUAAAUUAUAUUUUAUAUCCUUUUUUUUCCCCCUCCCCUGAUCCCAGUGUUCAAACCGUUUCUUUGAUAUUUAUUUGUUUUGUCCUAAAAUUGAACAUGUGAGGAGAUAAUUUCUUUAAAUUUAUAGCUUUUCCUCUGAAGCAGGUUUUAGCAGGAGUCUGAGGCUUCACAGGCAGGAAGUCAAAGUCACAGUGAAACAAGAAAAACUAAAAAUACAAUAAUUCUUUUCUUGCAUUUGUGAAUGAAAUAUUUUACUAGAUCCAGUCUGUAAUAUUACCUCAUCGUGUACCACAGAUAAGAUUGGUUGUGAGGACAAUCAUCAAUUAAUGUUUACACUAAAUAGAUCAGACUGUAAAACACCUUACUUUGACAGAGAAAUUCCAGUUAAUCAGUUUAAAAAUAACUGAACUCAUUAAGUAAUAGAUGCGUUAAAAUAAAUGCAUUAAAAAGCUAAAUAAGACGUAAAUGAAGCAGCUCAUCAGGCAGACUUUGAGCCCAAGUUCCCUCUUUUACUGUAAUAAUAUCCAGCUGUUUUAUCCAAUAAUAAAAGGAACAACAAAACAAAUGGCAUUAACAUUUACAGAGUAAUGUGACGGACUAUUUCUUGUCAGUGACUUCCUGGAGUCCAGAGAGCAAUUUAGUCAUUUUCUUUAGUGCUGACAGAGAAAUCAACAGCCUGAAUAUGAAAAUAUAUCUGAACACAAGAAGGUAAUUGAAUAAUAAUAAAGGAUUAUGAUCCACUGGCUCCCAACCUGAAGGUCCAAAAGCUUCACAGGGCGAUGUAACGUCUCCUCGAUGUGUUCAAGUGUUCAAGAAACCUUGUAAAGAAUAUAAACUGUCGGCCUUCUGCAGUUAAAACAACCAACGAGCUGAUGGAACAAUGAAGAAAACACUAGAAAUAGAAGCUUGUUUGUAUUGUUAUUCAAAAAUAGGAAUAAAAAACAGACAUAAUACAGACAGAGAAUUGCAUAAAAUGUUCCUAAAAAUAUCAACCAGCCUCUCAUCUCUUAUUUAAUAUUGGAAUAUGAAGCGAAAUAUACAUCUUCAGUUUGCUUGGUGAUAGAAAAUGUGUUCUUUAAGGAGAAAGUUUGGGAACGGCUGUAAUCAAAUAUCGAUCCUUCGGUAUCCUAUCACGUUAUACGUUCUGACCUGGUGCCAGUCAGAAGGAUCAGAGCUGCUGUUUCAUGGUGACCUUGAGUUAUCGUCUGUGAAGCCCUGGAAGCGUCGUGUCACUGGAGGUCUGGAUCGGUCAGGCGGAACCAGAACCACCUCUGACACAACUCUUCUCCUGUCAGGACUCUGGAUCGAGGAUCAGGUGAAGUUAGGAGGCAGCUCGCCGGCUCUCUCUAACUUCUGUGUCAGACAUUUUUUUUAGAAAUCUGAUCAGUUUUCUGGGAAAACUGCGGCAGAGAUGUUGUGUUUUGUUUUGUUUUGUUCUGAGAAGGGCUUUGGUUUCGCAGUCGUCUCGUCAGGGAGCUCCUGAGAUUAGCCAGGGGUCACUUAUAGGCUGGUGGGCAGAGACCCCUCACCCUCCCCUGCUAUGAACGACGAGGGGAGGAUGAUUUCCUCUUCCGCAGACUGAUCUUACUAAAGCAAAACAACGACACCCGAGAUAACAAAAACAAAAACCCCUCUUUUCAUAGCGACACACGUCCUGCUCAUCAUCCAACACUGCAAUGACUUACAUCUCCCUCCAGACUUCCCAAAACACAUGGAGCGAGAGACAUUUAACAAGAAAAAAGAAAAUCCUAAAGCAUCUUUAUUUUUUUUUCUUUUUCUAUUUUUUUCUUCUUUAGAUUCUUUAGCGACAGACAAGAAAUCCAUACAAGUCCAAACAUGUAGAGGAUGUGGGAGUUAUCGGUCAUCCUGAGCUCCACAGCUACAUGCCACUGUAACGAUGCUUCUGGUCUUGUAUGGUAACUUAUUUGAUUAGAUCGACAGCAUGGGAUCUUUCUGUAGUUAGUCCUGUGUGUGUUCCUCUCCCCAGUCUCAGUAGGAACGGCUGUACUUCAUUGCUAAGUGCUCUACAAUAGAUCUCUUGGGGAAUUAUAAUUUCAUAAAGAAGCAAAACCUGCAGAACGUGUAUCCUGCUGAAACUAACUUGAUCCUCUCUUUAGCAAUGACGUCUAUAUUUGUAGUUCACAUAUAUGCCUGUUCGAAUACAAUAUCUUGACAGUUGUUAUAUUUAUGUUGUGUAAUAAAUGUCGUGCUGGGUUUAUACUUUUGUUUUAUCUAACUUUUUCUUUUUGUUUUACAUCGUAUUUUUUUGUUUUUUUGUUUUUUCUCGGAGGCACAGUGGGUGGUUUUAUGCACAGGCGUGGAAAUCUACAAGGUUUCCUUUUGUUUUCUUGGAUUGUACUGUAACAACUCAUUCUGUUUCAGAGCUUCUGACAGUUUUUGUCUCUGGCUGCUCGACAUCCUGCGGACACCUGCCCUGAAUCUCUGUCGUGUUAUUGUGCCUCUCUCUCUCUUUUUCUUUCUUUUUUUUUCUUAUUUUUUAAAUCAUUCUUUCACUGUUGUAUCAGCCAGGAGUUGGUACCACAGCUCUGCUUGUAACCACAACAAUAGUCUGAUUAUGUUUAUUGAUUUUAAUAUCAAAAUAAUAAAACCAUUAGCACCCCA